AUGUUCAAGUCAACAGCCCAGCGCCUUUACAAAAUCGUUGGGAAAACCAAACUAAGUGACCUCCCUCCUGAGUGGCAAGCUCCUGUUUCUCAGUUUCUUGAUGCGGAAGAAAAGGCUGACCCGAAUUUCAAGAACGCUGAGAUAAGGGGCUCCAAACCGCAUCGCUCGCACGAUGAUCCAGAUGAUAAGGAAGAUGUAGUAUCGAUCCGUCUCAAGGAUGGGGAUGACAAGACCAUGCGAAGGGCCCACGUCCACCUAGAUGGCUCGUCCAAAAAAAUCAACAUUGGUUGA